UCGUUUUGUGUGUGUUGAAGAUGUCUGGCAGAGGCAAGGGUGGUAAAGGGCUGGGGAAGGGAGGUGCGAAGCGUCAUCGGAAGGUCUUACGGGACAACAUCCAGGGCAUUACGAAGCCCGCAAUUCGCCGUCUGGCCCGCCGUGGUGGUGUCAAGCGCAUCUCAGGGCUCAUCUACGAGGAGACCCGUGGAGUGCUCAAAGUGUUCUUGGAAAAUGUGAUCCGCGAUGCAGUGACAUACACGGAGCACGCCAAGCGCAAGACGGUCACGGCCAUGGAUGUGGUGUAUGCUCUGAAACGCCAGGGCCGCACUCUCUACGGCUUCGGUGGCUGAGCUGUGCCUGCGGCUUAUCAGAUUACAAAAGGCCCUUUUUAGGGCCACCAAAACCUCAAAAAAAGGGUUGAUAACGCUUAAGGUCCCUGGUGAAUGUGCAAAUAGGUGCUUCAGAGGAGGAUUUACGAUUGCAGUUGUACGGACGGA